AUGUCGAGCGGCCUGUCUUGCCAUCAGCGGCCGAUGAGCCUGCGGGCCGCCCUGGCCACCGCCGGGAUGCAUAAAAUGGUGGACGCAUUUCGAGACGGCUGGGGAGACGAGGUGAGUCUUGUUGUCGAGACUCGAGACGCCGAACUCCGAGCGAGCGAGACCCUGAAAAGUUUGGCAGGCAAGGUCGACUUCAGACUGUUUGUGCCUGACGGCUAUUUUCAGCAGGGAAAUGCCGACAAGGCAGUCGACUGGCCGGCAAAGAGGAAGUGGCUGAUUGUCCUGGCUCUGGCGGCUAUGACUUUUAUCCUCGCCCUCGGCUCGUCCGUCGCGGCCCCGGGCGUCAACGAGGCCAUGAAGGAAUUCCACACCACGUCGUCUGUGCUCGGCUCCAUGGUUAUUUACGUCUACAACAUCGGGCUGGAGAUCGGGCCGCUCAUCUUGGCCGCAAUGUCUAUCCUACGGUCCCUCUUUAGAGCAAAAAACACGCUCAACGUCCUUGCGCUGCCUAUUUUCUGCUCCCUUCCCGGCGACUUGACGCAGCGCUUGGGCGCCCUGAUCUGCCCAUCGUUCACCAAGAUGGCUACCGCUCCACAAAACACAACCAUGGUGUCAGGCCUGAAUGGCACAUCUACACACUCGCCAUCCACCUCGCACGGCAGGCUCACAAAGCCGUUCUCACAGGCCGUCUGGUGCACCAGCGUGAUGGCGGACAAGUCUUAA